GCUACGAUGACAGAUGUAAACAAAGGGCUGUAGUCCUGUAAAACCGCCUCGACUCCUGCUAUUAAGAUGAAGAUUACGAAAACAUACUAGACAUAGGAGACUGUCAUCCUGAAAACUCAACUAUUGAGAUAAUACAAACAAGUGGGCUGGGGGCGCACUUUUGCCGGACAUGAACUGUGUGCAUUUAAGUACCAUUAGUAGUCAGCUAGCGGACUAGCUGGUUCUAUCCCUUAUUCGAAUGAUGGACGUUUAAAAACUAUCCAAACUGUGUGAUUCCGUAGAAUCAUCUAAUUGUUCUGUGUUUCUGUAAAGGAAGUAGGAGGACGAGGUUGUUUAACAUCUGUAAGGAUUUGGUUGUCCGCCGGUCAACCGAUAGGCCUACUGACAAAAUUGUAAAGGUAUUAUGAUCAAAUGUUUAUGAUUGUGAGCCUGAGGGCUACUCCAAAGCAUUCCCCAAUGGAGAAAAGGAGAAACGCUGGAACACUAUCUGUAAACAGAAGUUUUAAACCUGGUUAAACUUUGACCAGUCACGUGGUGCUGUUGGUAAAAAAAGUUAGUUUGCUUGAGACAAGAUCUAGCCCCAACCUCAACAGAACAAGACAGACGAUCUAGCUAAACUUCAGAAGAAGAAAAAUGAAAUUUGUGGAGUUGUUUGGUCGUCUGAAAUCUGUGGUCAUUGGAAUGGUCCAUGUCCAAGCCUUGCCAGGAACACCUCUGAGCACCAUGGCCAUCCCCCAGCUUGUUGAAGAGGCAUGCAGAGAAGCAGAGAUUUAUCACAACGCAGGGAUUGACGGGCUUAUCAUUGAGAACAUGCACGACAUCCCAUACUCCUUCUCUGUGGGCCCAGAGGUGUGUGCCUCCAUGACGGCUGUGUGUGAUGCAGUGAGAGCCUCCUAUCCCUCCCUCCCCCUGGGCAUUCAGAUCCUGUCUGCAGCCAAUCAGCCUGCUCUGGCUGUAGCUCUGGCCUCAAGGUUGGAUUUCAUACGGGCUGAAGGGUUUGUGUUCUCCCAUGUGGCUGAUGAGGGCAUUCUUAACGCCUGUGCGGGUGACCUGUUACGAUACCGCAAGCAGAUAGGGGCUGAGCGUGUGCAGAUCUACACCGAUAUUAAAAAGAAACACAGCUCCCAUGCCCUGACAUCAGAUGUGAGUGUAGUAGAGACGGCCAGAGCUGCAGAGUUUUUCCUUUCUGAUGGCCUCAUCAUCACUGGAACAGCCACCGGGCUGCAGGCAGACCCAGCUGAACUUAAAGAUGUUGCCCAGUCUGUAAAGAUCCCAACUCUGAUUGGCUCAGGAGUAACCUUCAAUAAUGUUGAAGACUACCUGGAUGCUAAUGCAAUGAUCAUUGGCUCUCAUUUCAAGAAGGGAGGCUACUGGGCCAAUCAGGUAGAUCCAGAAAGGGUGAAGAGAUUCAUGGAGAAAAUUCACAAACUGCGACUCUGAAAGCUUUGUAUCAAUACCAAAGUGCAAUACAUUCAGUUAUUUUUUAAUGUGUGUUGGAAUACAGUCAUAGUUCAAAAAGUGUUGUCUCCAUUAUUUUGCAAAAAGAGAUGCUGUCAACAAUUUAACAAAACAAAUUUAUUUCAUAUUUUUUUCCUUUCAAAAAUAUACCUGAUACAAAAGAACUGUAUUUACAACUUGACUUUUAUCUAACAUGAAGCAUGUGACAAACAAUCACUGCAAGCUCUACUAAACUAAAAGUUAUAAAAUAAUUUACUUGAUACAAAACAUUACAAUCAGUGUUUGAUAUUUCUUAGAUGAUGUAUCGGCACCUUAUGAUAUUACAAAUAGUAGCAACAUUGAGUUUUGUUGUUUCAUGGUGUGGUCACAAACCCAAAAUCACAAACACUUGUUCACACAGUAAAUACAUUCAAAAUAAGUCACCCCAAAAGCAUACUUUAGGCACAUACAAUGUAUUCCUUAUUACUGAAAAUAAUGGAUGCAAAUGUGCUAUUACCUAAUUGCACAUUGAAGUCAUUGAACAUUGUACCAGUGCCAUUACAAACUGUAUCAAGUGUCAAGAAACAUUCCACACAUAACAUUCUAGAACUACUCCUCAGGACAUUUCCUGAACUCAGACAUGUUUCAACUUAAAACAUUUCUCACUAAACCAUAUUGCUGCUUGUCACAGGCUUUCCCUUAUUGGGAGUAGUUAAAUGGUAGCUGACAAGUCUGGAGGGAAUGGCAGGCUCAAAAUGUCACAGAUAAGGGUUCGGUUUUCUCAGUCAGAGGUGUUCUAGGUCAUCAAAUCAUACAGAUAAACUUCCUGAGGUGUAAAAACAAUAAAUAAA